CAGCAUCCUGGAUUGAGCGACCAUGGACACCUUACUGCGUGCUGUUUUAAUCGUGUUUUGUUUUAAAUACGCUGCAUUUAGUGACUCUCCGUGUACCAUCGAGCUGGAAUGUCGUGAGUGCAUCCCGGACAACAUGCCGUUGGUGACGUCACACCGCUCCGAGAACGGCACCAUCACAGCGGCUGCGGGAGAUGAGGUGGUGCUGGUGUGCAGCGGAGGGAAGUUCCUCGCGUACCCUCUGAGGGACACGCUCACUGUCGUCUGCAAACAGGGACGCUACAGGGUGCCUCACGAUGGGUCGCUCAAGCACCUGAUAGAGCUCGGCUGCCAGGAGAACGUGUUUGAAGAUGUAUUGCAUGAGGUGGCCGGAUGUGCGCCCCCGCUGCAGGGCCGCGCGUACCAGGGCGCGGGGGGAGGGCGCGUGGCGCACGUGGCUGCGCUGUGCUACGACGCGGAUCGUGGUCUGUUGCGGCAUGCGCACCUCACCGCCGCGCGGGGCAACGACCUCCGUUUACCCCCCCACUCACACCACACCGCGCCCCUAACGCUACUCGGCAACUUCAACCACAUGUUCGACGCCAAGAACCGCCAGGACGCAGAGAUGCUGUACUCUGACGACGCGCGCUUAAACCGCCGCCUCCACGAGCUGCUCAAGCACGAGCCCCACACGUUCGCAGACCAGACGCUGACUGCGGUCAAACUGCUCAGUCCGCACUACUUCGAAGACCAGAACAUGCGCGUGACAGACUUCGCGUCGAACAAAGCGGCCGUGUGGCGCAGUGUAGCGGCGGGCAACUUGCUGCACUUGCAGCGCGACGUCGCUCGCGCGAUCAGACUCACACAUUCGCGAGCCGUCGCCGUCGUUACGGGUACGCAGGGAGUCGCCGAGAUGCGAACGGGCCAUCACCAAACUCGACUGUUCUUAAAGGCGGGCGAAAGGUUCCCAGUACCGAAGUACAUUUGGAUGGUGGUGGUCGACUACAGUCGACGUCGGGCGCUAGCCGUAGUGGUCCUGAACGACCCGUUCGUGGCAGUCAGCGAGAUCAAGGAGGCCGUGUUCUGUGACAGUGCCUGUAACGCCGUCAAUUGGAUCCACGAGCUGAAGAAAAACCGUAACUACGAAACGCCCGUGUACGGGCUCGCGUUUUGUUGCAGCUUACAGAAUUUCACCAAAGUAGUUACAGACGUGCCUAGUGAUCUUCGAAUGAAUAUCUCAGAUUUCGGUGUAUUGACCGAUUUAACUAGUGAUGAGUAAUUUCUCAAUGUAGUACGCAGUAGAUGACCCACGUGUCGAUAUUAAACUUUAUACUAACGAGUCAGUACGUUGUUAGUCUUAUCUGUGGUUGUAAGAUAUUGAACUUUAUGGAUAAGAACAUAAUAUAUUUGUGUGUAUGAAAUGCCACUUUUACUGAUUUUGUAUUUAACUAGCUGCACCCGCGACUUCGUCUGCGUGGAAUUUAACUUUGUCUAAAAUAAAAGUAGCCUAAGUUACUCCUUAUUACAUCGGCUACCCGCCAAAAAAAGUUCCGUCAAAAUCGGUUCAGACAUUUCAGAGAUUAGCCGGAACAAACAGACAGAGAAACGUUAUAAAAAAAUGUUAUUUUGGUGUAUGUACCGUAUCUCAAUAAAGAGUAAUUAUUAUUAUUA